AUAUUAAAAUAAAAACAGGUUUUGGAUAGCAAUAUCCGGCAGAAAUUACUAGCAGCCUUUAUCUGAUAGAUAACGUUAAUCGUAAUAAUGAUCGGAUAAUUAAUUGACACUUUAUCGGUAAAUACGAUCAAACUCAGUAAGACCGGGCCGUUAUAUUGUAAAAAUUGAUAGAUCAUCUAGGAAGCGCCUUAUUUGUGGGAAGUGGGUUCAAAAAGUGGUUCAAAAUAAAAUAAUAAAUACCAACUCCAUUCAUUUUUGUUUCCUAUAGACAUAAAACAUAAACAAUCCCAUUGAUCGGAACUGUCAGUUUUGAGUUUUGUCCGACAAUCAAAUCAAUGUCAUUGUCAUAUGGAAAAUUAUUUAUUUAGCUUUUAUUACAACAAAAAGAAAAACAGUAGAACCUUAACUUUUGGAUUUCCUAAAGAAAAAUGAUUAUUUUGUUAAGUGAGUUACAGAAAGAACAUCUUAGUUUAUUAAAUCAGCAUUCUGUACAAGUUUUGAUAGAUUUCUGUAAGCUAGCACUAGACUACCUGAACAACGGAAGCAAUGAAAAGAAAUAUAGUAUCGCGUCAGAAAAACUCAAUGUUUCAAUAACGGAGGUACAAAAUUUGGUACAUGCAUUGGUAUAUCUGAUAGUAGAAGCAUCUAGACUUAAUUUGUCAGAUGCAGACUUAAAAUCGUCACUGGCCAUAGCGGGUUUCUCUGCUGAGCAACAAGAAGUAUUGGCAAAGUUGCACAACACCAAGAAAGCUGAGUUAUCCGAUGCAUUGUACCUUCUGCAACAGAAAGAUCCCACUUACCAGGACCUCUCUUGGAGAUUUGAAAUCCAAGUUGCUUCACGAAGUAACAUGGAACAAAUAAAACCAAUAAUUGCUAUGGAUUUUAUGAUCAUGAAACCUAAAAACUAUGGACUUUAUACUGAUCACAAAGACAGAACAGGGCAUGAGAAAGAAAAAAGUUUAACUCCAAUACAGAUAAAUUCAAGUAUACAAGAUGCCAAAGCAGCAAGUCACUGUCAAAAUAUAGUGAGCCAUAUUCUGCUCCAGUGUGAUCUACCUAAUUUAUUGCAUUUAACCAAUAAACUGGAGCAAGCAUUAAAGGAAUCUAAAAGCCAACAUGUACGAAAAGUACAGAGAUCUCUUUAGAUAAAAAUAAUAAUUUAUCAGCAGCUCUUAUUGCCAUUUUUUUUGUACAAUACAACGUUACUGAAUA